GAGGCGAGGAAGAAGGAGAAGGCGGGCAAACGCGAGGACAUCGCGCCCGCCAAAAACGACAGUUGCACAAGAUUAAGGGCGCGAUCCAGUCAGAGCCCAGUUCCCAGCGCAGCAAGGGUGAUGGAGGAGUAUGUAUGGGCUUGUCAGCACCCCAGCUUUUUGGAUGAGGAAAGUCGAUUCCGGCCUGGUUUGCGGACAUCCUUGUCCGAUGCCAGAUGAGAGUUGUUGGCAACGCAAAGAGCAAAUUGCUGCUGCUGCUGUUGCGUGAAGGAACAGCACAUCACGAUGCCGCGAUCCAAAGGCUAUGAAUCUUUGCAGCAUCUUGGAUUGCUGGUCGCUCGGCACAGGGGAUGGAUCUUCAGUCAUAGCUCUCUUCGGGGAGGAACGGGUUCAGGAGCAGGUCCGGGCGUCUGCAGCCUGUGGCAGCAAAGAUUUUCCUUGUACCGGCCACAUCACCACCUUAAAGCUGAUUCUGCAGCACGACCGCAGAGUGCUGUGCCCACGUGGUAUGGCAACACUAUUGCUCGGGUAAACCGAGUGCAUCAGCAGUGUUCCACACCCCCUCAUCGGCUUCUUGUGAAACAGCUGGAUGGAAUCUCAUCUGAGUUGCCUCUCUGGACUUUGGUGUCACGGCUGCUUGCGAGGCGUGCACUGCUUGGCAACAAGACAUGGAGCGGGAACUCGAUGUCCCUGCAGAAAGCGUGUCAAGCUGCUGCAGUUGCAACAGCAGGAGCAGUGGCUCGCAGUGGGAAUACAACAUUUCGUCUUGUGCGGCAACGGUGCUAUGGGAUAAGUGGCUGGACGCCCCCUAUCCACCCUGUAGCCAAAGCUGUCGGUGCAAUUGCUCUGACGUGUGUCCGGUCGCAGGUAGUUCCGAGGGUCCUGGCAGUGGUUGUGGGAGAAGCGACGUGGGCAAGCACAAAUGUGGCAGAGGCAGAAGCGUUGUAUGCCUCAACAGCACUGGCGAACCGAACAGUGCUUCCGCCCUCCCUGGUCUUAGCUGUCCUUCUAAGCGUAGUGGAUGCAGUAAGCCUGUUCCUUCGGGCAGUUUAUCUCAUGGCACUCUUUACGCCUGCCUUGGUGGUCGCCCCUUUUGCUGAAUUGUUCCAAGGAUCCGUCCGACAGCUGUGGCUGAGGUUAGUUCUUGGCUCGCUUGAGCGUGCAGGGGCGGCGUUUAUUAAAUGGGGUCAGUGGGCUGCAACGCGGCCUGACCUGUUUCCGCGCGAUCUAUGUCAGGAGCUCUCUGAGCUUCACACGAAGGCCCCUUCACAUAGCUUUGCACAGACACGAUCCACCAUCGAGAGGGCGUUCGGAAAAAAGUUGCAUGCUUUGUUCGAGGAGUUUGAGGAGGAACCUGUGGCGUCUGGCAGUAUUGCGCAAGUCCAUCGGGCAGUUCUGAGGUGGCGUCCCUCCGGUAGCAGCAAGGGCAUGAAACGAGGGGCAAAAAGACCGCCUACUGUCGUUGCCGUGAAAGUGAGACAUCCAGGGGUUAGUGAAGUAAUCCGUCAAGACUUUGCAAUCAUGAAUUGGGUGGCUCGGAUAUCGACGCUUGUCCCAGGGCUGCAGUGGUUGCGACUCGAUGAAAGUGUGCAGCAGUUUGCCGUUUUCAUGCUCACGCAGGUCGACCUCGCAAGGGAAGCUGCACACCUGAGCCGAUUUAUCUACAACUUUCGGCACUGGAAAGAUGUCAGCUUUCCGAAGCCGGUGUACCCCCUCGUUCACCCUGCUGUGUUGGUUGAAACGUUUGAGCAGGGGGAGAGCGUGGCGAGAUAUGUUGAGAAGUCGGAGCGAAGUUCAAUCAACAGCACUCUCGCAUACCUUGGAACGCACACCCUGCUGAAGAUGUUGCUGGUUGACAAUUUCAUCCACGCAGAUCUGCAUCCCGGUAACAUUCUCGUUCGGCUCAAGCCGAGAAAGCGAGGUCGGUCGAAGCUGUCGAAGCCUCAACCUCAUGUCGUCCUUCUCGAUGUCGGUAUGACCGCCGAACUCUCUACCAAGGACCGGGUUAACUUGCUGGAGCUUUUCAAAGCCGUGGCAAUGCGAGAUGGCAGAAGGGUGGCAAGAUGCACGUUGAAGUUCUCUCGUGGUCAAAGCUGCCCUGACCCGGAGGGGUUCAUACACGACGUUGAAGAGUCGUUCAAGGAAUGGGUGGGCAAGAAGGGCGACUCCAUGCAUGCUGGCGAGUGCAUGUCGGAGCUCCUUGAGCAGGUGCGUCGCCACCGUGUGCACAUCGAUGGUGAUGUGUGCACUGUUGUUGUCACAACGCUCGUCCUUGAGGGAUGGCAGCGCAAGCUAGAUCCCGAUCUCAACAUUAUGCAGACGCUGCAGACGUUGCUCUUCAAAGCGGACUGGGCAACCAGCCUGAGCGACACAAUUGACGCUCUCAUGGCUGCGUGAAGAAGCUCAGUCUAUGCCAAGCCUUAGCCUACACUUCCCCACACUUACACAGGUCACCAACCUUAGCUUGGGGUGUGUGGCUAAGCGUGCGAAUAGAUUUUUCGGCACGAUGCCAAGCCUACUUUGACCUCGACCACCUCUAGCAAAGCCACAGUGGUUCAUUUUCUCGAGGCCAGUUAACUCGCCAGGCUAGCUGCAACAGAAGAUGUGUGGUGGGUUAAUGGGGUGUUUGGUCUGGCAGAGGAGGGAAAUCUUCUGUUCAAUUCAAAUUCUGCGAUUUCCGUUUUCUAUUCAAGUCCAUGAUUUUUUUUUUUUUUUUUUUUUUUUUUUUUUUUUUUUUUUUUUCCGCUUGCAGUUUGCAGGCUUUUCAAAUUCGUUUUGACGGGCGCCACCUUUGCCUUCCGUUCCUGCUGCGUCUCGUCUCUCAAUUGGAGGGCACCUCAUCAUGUUUUGACGAGGACAGAAAGUUCAGUUCGUGUAAGGAGGGGGACAUUUUGGUUUCCUAUGUGUUUCUUCAUUGUUGCUUGUUCAUUGCCGUGGGAAAACGUUUGUUCGAGUUUCGAGAGAAGAGAUGCAUUCUCAGCAGCGCAGCGAAACCGCCAUCAUGUGGUGUGUAGGAGAUGAGUCUUUUGUAGGCCAACUUUCACCUGCCGGAUAGCAACAUAGCGAAGGUUGUGAACCCACUUAGAUCAGGGCGCUAGCCAUCUUGGUUAGUCGAACUUUUUCGUGUCCUUUCACUCUUGCCGUGAGUCGAAGAGGAGGGACCGACGGAGGGAGGUGAGGACGCACAGAAGGCGGGAGAGAGUGAAACUGCGCUUUGAUCUGUUGUUUCUCGGAGAGCCGCGAGAAGUGAGGGCAGAGGGAGGAGGAAGGGGAAGGUGUAUAAUCAAUGCCUUGCCUAUGUAUUUCUAACGUUUUGCAUAUCCGUGUUUUCCUGCGACCUUCUUUACAGUCAGUCCUACAUACGCGCGGGCAUCGUGAAUGACUAUGCAUUCCUUUUUAAGAAUGUUUUGUGAUUUCACCCUUUGUUUUACGGUUUUUACCCCCCUGUACAGGGACGGAGAGUGUGUGCAUCUCCAGUCCUGUAUCAUCCAUGUCUGAAUAGGGGGCAUAUCUGCGCUAACCAAACAAGCACACCGUGCGGCGUGCACUAAGACUUCAGGAAAUAAAAGGAAAAGAAGCGUCUGGCAGUCCGUAAAUAUUUCUGAGCAACUUUAGGCUGAGGAGUUUCCAAGUUGAGGUCAUAGAGUUUAUUAUGACAUAAUCUAGGAAUCUUUAACGGCAUAAUCUAGGAAUCUUUAACGGCAUAAUGGCAUAAUCUAGGCAUCUUUAACGGCAAUGAUACGUGAAAGUGAUAAUGAAAAUCUUAUUAUCUG